AUGUGCUGCACGUGUGGAGGGGGCCGCGCCCCCACGCCGGCGGCAAACACGACAUCAGCCACGACCACCGAGGCAAGUGCAACCUCUACCGAGACCGGCACCGCAACGGCAGCGGCGCGCUUCGUCCUGAGCAGCUCCAUGAGCUUUGAGAGCUCUGGGGCCCGAGAGAGCGUGCAGUCUGCGGUGAUGUCGCAUCUUCUCGCCACGUACGGCGUAGGCGAGGAUCAGUUGAGCGUCGCCGUCUCGCGGCCCAACGGGCCUGGAUGGCGGGCCGACGUCGAGGUAGUGGCCAGCGGGUACGCCACCGAGCGGCACGUCCAGACUACACGAGCCAUGCGUGCAGAUGUUGCCAGCACCGCCGCGGCACUCAACGCAACUUUCACGUUGGCGGGCAUGCAGCUGCUGGAGGCGUCGUUGGCCGUGUCAGCGCCAGAAACGAAGGGCGUGGUUGUCACAGUCACGACCGCAGCGACCACGACCAGCAUUUCUGGUACAGCACCCUUUCCGUAUUCGACCAGCCUGGCGGGCUCGAGUAUCCACGACACAAGCAUCACUGCAACUGUCAGCCCAGCAGAGGUCGGCCAUUGCCUUUUCAAUUAUACAUCAUUCGGUGCAUCGGACUGCGAUGCAGCAUGGGCUCUCUGGGGGCUGACGUGCGAAAACCUG